UUUAUGAUGGAAAAUGCUUCUGUCAUCACAAUGUUCAGCCUUUCUGGUUUGAAUUUUCCAUUUGUACAGAGAAUAACCAUCUUUGUGCUUAUAUUACUGUGCUACCUUAUAAUUCUGUUGAGCAAUUUUACCAUUAUUUUUGUCAUCGUUAUGGACAGAAAGCUCCACAAGCCGAUGUAUGUCUUCUUGUGUAAUCUAUGCAUCAAUGCCGUGUAUGGUUCGGUGGGGUUUUAUCCCAAAUUCCUGGUGGAUCUUUUGUCGUCUCAUGUCAUUUCUUACGCCGGCUGCAUGCUGCAGGGUUAUGUCAUACACUCGUCAAAUUGCUGUGAUUUUUCCAUCUUGGCGCUGAUGGCGUACGACAGGUAUGUGGCUCUGUGUCGACCUCUGGUUUAUCAGUCUUUCAUGUCGAAGCAGAGAGUGACCCUCUUUGUGUUUUUCUCCUGGUUCAUCCCUCUGUUUUGCAUGCUUAUGAAUACUGCGUCAGUCUUAGGGAAAAAGCUUUGUGGCUCCCACAUCGACAGGAUCUACUGCGUUAACCUGAUGGUUGUCAAUUUAGCUUGCUCCCCACUCAAAGCCAACAAUAUCAUCGCGUCUUUUAACAUUGGUCUUUAUUUUUUGCACUUUUUGUUCAUUUGUUGGUCUUACGUGCACCUGAUCAAAACGUGUAUUUCGUCCACACAGAUGUGGAAGAAGUUCAGGCACACGUGCAUGCCACACAUCAUUUGCCUCAUCACUUACUCCACCACUUUGCUGUUGGAUUUGUUGUACAUGAGAUUCGGUUCGGCGGAUUUGUCACAACACUUCUAUAACUUCAUGAACAUUGAGUUUCUACUCAUUCCUCCAAUUUUGAAUCCACUCAUCUACGGGCUGAAGUUGACACAAAUCCGCAACGGGAUAUUGACUUUUUUACACACCAAAAAGAAGAUCCACAGCUUUUAG